AUGGAUGCCAAUGUAGAUUUGAAUCCUAGAGUUGGUAUGGAAUUUGAUACAUUAGAAGAUGCAUGGGAAUUUUGGGUAAAAUAUGGAAGACAAGUGGGCUUUGAUGUUAGAAAACAUUACAUAAGUAAGAAUGAUGGUAAGGUAACAUCAAGGGGAUUUGUAUGUGUAAAGCAGGGCAUUCGAGAAACAAUUUAUAUGAUGAGAUCUCAACGAAAAAUUUCAAAAGUUCAUGCGGGAUUGAUUGAGUUAGCAUCCUUUUCUAGAAUCAAGCCAAAAGCAGCACAUGAGUUGAUGAGUAGAGAGGCAAGUGGGAGAGCUAAUCUUGGAUUCACUGAGCUUGAUCAGAAAAACUACCUUAGAACAAGACGGCAAAAAAACUUGAUAUAUGGUCAAGCUGCAUGUUUAUUAGGGUACUUUCAAGAACAAUUGACUAAAAAUCCAUCCUUUCAAUAUGGAGUACAAUUAGAUAAUAUUGAGCAGAUAACUGACAUUUUUUGGGCUGAUGCUAGAAUGGUUAUUGAUUAUGCUAAUUUUGGUGAUGUGGUGACAUUUGACACUACAAAUGGUACUAAUAAAGAGCUAAGACCAUUUGGGGUGUUUAAUGGUUUCAAUCACCAUAAAGGGUUAAUGGUUUUUGGUGCUGCUCUUUUAUAUAAUGAAACGGCAGAAUCAUUUAAGUGGUUGUUUGAAAUCUUCUUAGUUGCACAUGCAGGUAAAAGACCUAAAACAAUUUUUAUGGAUCAAGAUCCAACAAUGGCAAAGGCAUUGAGCGAGAUAAUGCCUAACACUUACCAUGGAUUAUGUACUUGGCACAUAAUACAAAAUGGGAUAAAACAUUUAGGGAAUUUGAUGAAGGAUGGUUCUUCUUUUCUUCAAGUUCUUAAAACUUGUAUGUUUGAGUUUAAUGAUGAAACUGAAUUUGAAAAAACUUGGGGGGACAUGAUUGACACAUAUGCUAUACAUGAUCGUAGUUGGUUGGAUACUAUCUACAAAUUGAAAGGAAAAUGGGCAAAGUGUUACGUGAAGAAUGAAUAUACAUUAGGAAUACAAAGUACCCAACUCAGUGAAAGUUUGAAUGGAGAUUUAAAAGAUUACUUAAAAUCUGAUUUGGAUGUGGCAGAAUUUUUUGAACAUUUUGAUUGGGUGAUUGAGCAAAAACGAGAAAGAAAGUUACAAGCUGAAUUUAAUGCUAGGCAAAAAUUUCCCCAGCUGGGCUUGAAAAGUUCUCCAUUGUUGAAGCAAGUAGUACAAGUGUACACACCUGUAAUAUUUCAAAUGCUUCAUGAUCAAUAUGACCUUGCAUUAGCAGUAAGGAUAAAAAAUCGCCAAGAGGACUUGUUAGUGCAUACAUACACUAUUGAGUUUAUGCAUAAGCCUAAUGAGUUCAUAACCUCUUAUGACACUGCAGAUAAGACAUUUUCAUGUAGUUGUAGAAAGUUUGAAAUUGUUGGGAUUUUAUGUUGCCAUGUUCUGAAAGUCUUUGACUUCCUUGAUAUAAAGACAAUUCCUGAUAUGUACAUUUUGAAAAGAUGGACAAGAGAGGCAAAAAGUGGAUGUAUCUUGGACAAUAGGAGAACAAAUGUGGAAAAGGAUGUCAACUUGAGUGUUACACAGCGAUAUAGAAGAUUAUGUCCCAAGUUGGCACCAUUAACUCUAUUAUUGUCUCAAGUAUCAAAUCCUGUAGAUGUUAGUCAGGCACCACUAACUCCAUCAUUGUCUCAAGUAUCAAAUGAUGCAACUGUUUGUUAG